UUCGCCCUUCUGGGUUCCCGAGCUUCAGCUUCUGGGCUCUGCGGAGGACGGGUAGUAUGGUCCUAGGAUGCGAGGGUCAUUUCUUUCCGGGCGAGGGUCAAAUCCUCGGGAAUCCGAGAUAUCUCGUCCAGCCAGCUGCCCCAAAUGGGGUGCAGGCGUUGUCACCAGUCUAGGAGACUGCAGAGAACCGCCACGCCGUCCCUCUCGGGUGCGGAAAGCCAGCUUCCCCUGGCCUGCUGGGAAGGUUCCUGGCUAUCCACCGGACCGAAGCACUUGAGGGCAGGAGCCGCGCCAAGCAUGCGGGAUAGACCAGUGGAGAGCACUUUGUUCUGACUGCCUGUCCUCCCCACCCGGACCCAGACUCGGCGCCGCACACUCCCCCGGGGGGGCCGGGCGGGGGGGCGGCGCAGUCACGCGCGCCCCACACUUGCGCUCACAAGCGCGCAAGGCUCUCGCUCUCCGCCCUGCACACCUGCGCUCCGCCCCCUGGUCCCGGGCUGGCGACUGGCGAAGGCAUUUGGGAACCUAGGGCGUCUGCGGCGGCGCCCCCCACCCCCAUUUCCUUCCCCUUCCCACAGCCAGAGUUGUACGGAGCCAGCCGCCGCUCCCAACUAGCCGGCAUCCCUCUUCAUCCUUCCCUCCCCCUGCCUGCCGCGGCACCGGUAUCUGCAGCCGGAGCCCGGAGCCGGUGAGGCGGCGAAGGGGGGAGGGGGAGGAAGCAAGGGAUGAGCGCCGGGAGGGCGUCGGGGGCCCUGAGCCGGACUAGGACGUCCCUGGAGCCGGAACCUGAGCCGGAGCCGGAGCCAGAACCAAACCACCGUGUCCUUGGGAGGGACGGAAGCGCAGGACAAGCUGGAAAGGGGAACGCUCUGGGCGUCGGGGAAGCAGGAUCAGGGUCGUGGAAGAGGGCUUGCGCAGCCGCCGUCUGGCACCCCUGCCCCGGACCAGCACCCUUGGCACGGACAGCUCCUUGGUUGGGUAGGGGGUGGGGCCGGACCUCAGAGGCUCGUCGGUUUCGGGUCCUGAGGACCGAAUUCCUAUCCCUCCCCCAGUCCCUAGCUGCAGCCCCCUAACCCCAGGAGGCUCCCUGGCCCGCGCUCGCCCCCCAGGGCCUCAUGUCGGAACCACAGCCAGACCUGGAGCCGCCCCAACAUGGGCUAUACAUGCUCUUCCUGCUUGUGCUGGUCUUCUUCCUCAUGGGCCUCGUAGGCUUCAUGAUCUGCCACGUGCUCAAGAAGAAGGGCUACCGCUGCCGCACGUCGAGGGGCUCAGAGCCUGACGAUGCCCAGCUCCAGCCCCCUGAGGACGAUGACAUGAACGAGGACACCGUAGAGAGGAUUGUUCGCUGCAUCAUCCAAAAUGAAGCCAAUGCUGAGGCCUUGAAGGAGAUGCUGGGGGACAGUGAAGGAGAAGGGACAGUGCAGCUGUCCAGCGUGGAUGUUACCUCCAGCCUGCAAGAUGGAGCUCCUUCCCAUCAUCACACAGUGCAUCUGGGCUCUGCAGCCCCUUGCAUCCACUGCAGCCGCAACAAGAGGCCCCCACUUGUUCGCCAGGGACGCUCGAAGGAAGGAAAGAGCCGCCCCCGGCCUGGAGAGACCACCGUGUUCUCUGUGGGCAGGUUCCGGGUGACACACAUUGAGAAGCGCUGUGGACUACAUGAGCAUCGUGAUGGCUCUCCCACGGACAGGAGCUGGGGGUCUGGUGGAGGGCAGGACACAGGGGGUAGUCAGGGGUCUGGGGGGGGGCCCAGGGCAGGGAUACCUGCCAUUGAGAGUGUGCCCCCUGAGAGGCCACAGCCCCUGGGCCUCGCCAGUCCCCCAGUACAGAAUGGAGGACUCAGGGAUGGCAGCCUAGUCCCUUGUGCACUUGAGGGGAACCCUAGAGCCUCUGCAGAGCCCAUGCUAGGGGCUGGAGGGAAGGGCCCAAGCCCAGGACUGGCCAGUCGAGAGGGAACUGGACAGCCAAGCAAACUGGACACCUCAGAUCACCAGGUGUCCCCACCACGGGGAGCAGGGGGUGUGUGAGGCUCCUUCUUCAUUGUGCUGUUGGGACUACGAGCUGGCAGGGCCAGGGGGUGGGUGGGCAUGAAGGCGCUCCUUUCCACUGGACAGCACUGCCCCCCAGCUGAGGAACCAGCUCUACUUCCAUCUGGAGUUGCAUGGUUUCAGGCUGGGGGACCGCGGGAGAAAUCUCCCCACCUCCAUCCCUCAGUCUCUUUCACUUCCCCUGCCUGCCAACAGGCUGCCUGACCCCUUCCCCAUCACCUUGCUCCAUUUGCUAGAGCGUGGCAGCUGGGAGCAGGCCCCUGCCCUCGGUGGGCCCCUAAAGCAAUAGCACCUUAGGCCCCCUGCCCUCUUGGCACAAGAGGCCCAGGCCCUGGCUUGGGCUUAGUGCCCUUUAUUCACUGUCAAUAAAUCCGCUCAGACCAUUA